CAGCAGCAAAGAUGGCUCCCUCCACGACUGUUGCUUCGGCCGAGCAGAUUGCCGUCCCCGAGACGCUUCUUAAGAAGCGCCGCACCAACGAGGCCACCCGCGAGGCCAAGCUCGCUGCCGCGUCGGAGGCCCGCAAGGCCCGCCUCGCCAAGCGCAAGGUCAUCUUCAAGCGCGCCGACGAGUACGUCAAGGAGUACAUUGCCAAGGAGAAGGAGGAGGUCCGCCUUAAGCGCGAGGCCCGCAAGACCGGUGACUACUACGUCCCGGCCCAGCCUAAGGUCUACUUCGCCAUCCGCCUCAAGGGUAUCUCCAAGAUUGCCCCCAAGCCCAAGAAGAUCCUCCAGCUUCUCCGCCUCCUCCAGAUCAACAACGGUGUCUUUGUCCGUGUGACCAAGGCUACCGAGCAGAUGCUCCGCCUUGUUGAGCCCUACAUCGCCUACGGCGAGCCCAACCUCAAGGCUAUCCGCGAGCUUGUCUACAAGCGCGGUUACGCUAAGAUCAACGGCCAGCGCAUCCCCAUCACUGACAACUCGAUCAUUGAGGAGCAGCUCGGCAAGUACGGCAUUGUCUGCAUGGAGGACCUCGUCCACGAGAUUGCCACCUGCGGCCCCAACUUCAAGCAGGCCACCCAGUCGCUUUGGCCCUUCAAGCUCUCCAACCCCACUGGUGGCUUCCGCGAGCGCAAGUUCACCGGCUUCAUCGAGGGCGGUGACACUGGCAACCGCGAGCAGCACAUCUCCAAGCUUAUCCACCAGAUGGUUUAAGCUGUUCCUGGAGCAGUGUUGAGCGCGUCGUGGUAGAGGGCCGGAGGGGUGGUGACGGGGCUGUCCUUCCGUAUUUGCAUGUACCCAUUCCCGAUAUCGACGAUCUUCCCCGAUAUGUGCUGGGUUUGGGUUGUUGUAGCAAGCGAUUGAACAAUCGAUUUAGCUGCAGAAACAGAGAUACACUUGGCAUCUGAGGCACUAGAUACUAAGCAAGAGACAUUAUGGCCAGACGCCAGACAGCCUUAGACCAGACUGCGACGGUUACUACGCCGGGGUGCUGCGUCCGAGACCAGCGAGUUGCGG